CUUACCCUCUUCAACACAGGUCUCGUCCCUGUAGACUUCAGGAUCAAGAUUGCUGAUAAACCCCAGUGCUUUGUUCUUGAAACCCAAGAAGGAGUGAUCCCCGCUAGGGGUGAGGUUCCUGUGACUGUCACAGCCAUCCUGGAUGACACUGGGCAUUUUGCUGACUCCAUCCAGCUCUUCAUCGAGAACAGCUUUUGCUUCAGCUUCUUACUGAGGGCUAUGGGCACUGGCACCACAAUUGUCACAGACAAACCACUGGCCCCAGAGCUCAACUUGGGAUACCAAUUCAGCCACCUUCCCAGUACUCACCAGUUCCAAGUAACAAACAGGGGCCACCAUUUCCAUCGGCUCUUCUGGAGCGUGGAAUGCUACAGGCCAGCCAAGAGGAAGGGCCAGAGCGUCUCAGCCCUCAGCAGCCCCAAGGCCGAAGAUGAUUUCGAGAGCCGCAGUCGUACGAGCGCCGUGUUCGGGCUGGAGCCAGGCUCCUGGCACCUGCAGCCAGGCCAGUCUGUGGCCAUGGUGCUGCGAGGCUUCUCCCACAUGCCACAGGAGGUGAGGGAUUACAUGAGGUGUGAAGCUGUCGUUGGCACAAGCGUGGUGACAAAGAAGAUCAUAGAAACCAUCAUUAGCUGCAAGUUCAUAGAUCCCUCUAUAGAAGUAUCAGCCAGAAAACUCUCUUUCCGGGUGGAGAAGGUAAGUCUCUGGAUUGCAUCCUGGCAUUUAGCAGCAUGGCUGAGGGGGGUGUGUCCUUGUGUUAAAGCCCCUCUUUGCUCUGCCUGAGGCACUUGGUCAAGU